UUCUUCUUGCAAUUUUUUCUCUUUCUUCUCUUUGCUCUUUCGCACGCCCUCAAUCCUGAGACGCAUUCCUCCAACAAAGCACAAAGCAACCCCUUGCGUCUCCGCGAGCCACGAAGCACUGCGCGCAUUCAUUCGAUUUGCCCAGCUGCCUCUGCGACACAAAACAACAAAGCAGGAAAAUUCUGCUGAAUCCCGGCGUCUUCUUCCGCCAGCUGGAAUCCCGACUGCCUGCUUUUGACGCUGCCGCAGCCGCUGCACCUCGAGUUCUCCAUCCGCUCGUCGUCGAAUCGCAACCCCCGUCGAGGAGAGAAAAAAAGGCCUGCGGCCACUCAGAAUCCAGGAACCGGCAAACUUUUUUUUCGGGCGCCCAAUCAAUCGCGACGCAAACAUGGUUUCUUUCUCGUGUGAGGAGUGCGGUGACAUCCUAACCAAAAAGAAACUUGACCCUCAUCGCAGCCGCUGUCGAGGCGCAACCUUUACCUGUAUUGAUUGCAUGGUAUACUUUCCCGGCGUCGAAUACCGUUCUCAUACAUCUUGCAUGACAGAAGAGCAGAAAUACCAAGGCGCAUUGUAUAAGCCGAAGCAAAACAACAAGAAGCAGCAGCAGCAGCAGCAGCAGCAGCAACAACAACAACAACAUCAACAGCAACAGCCCACCAUGAACUCGCAUCGGUUAGGCAUGGCCAACACGCUGGCCCUGCAGCCAUUUGUCGAAGAUGUCAACGAAGACAAGGAAUACGAGUCGUGGCACGAGUACGAAGACAAGUCUCGACCUCCACCCGAGGCGCCAACCCCUCCAUCUGCCGCCGACGAUGACCACGUCAACGUCUUUGACUUUCUAGACAACUCUCAAACCCCGACUGCCUCAAACGUGAGCCAUGCGCGAGACCGAAAAGCUCCUGGUCCCAGCGACAGCACCUCUCUUGUGCGCUACGAGACAAAGAGCGGAGAGCUCCUGGAGCCGGUUCUUAUGGACCGAGACGGAGAGCCGCUUGUACAAUACGGAACCGGCCCUGUACCCACGGGUUCUCUCGCCACCCCUCAACCCAAGACCGAGCGACGGAGGUCAAAGGAACGCGAUGCCAAGAAGGACAAGAAGCGGAAGCGCUUGCACGUCGAUGUUACUGGCGACCAAAUCAUGGCUGAUGCACCUCCCGUUCUUCACUCUGGUCUCACUGGCGGCCUGAAGAACAUGAUGCGACCUGCCUUCCCACCCUCACCCGAUUACUCUGGAGACAACAUUGCCGAUCUCUCCCCAACAAGCCCGCUCAAGAAGACGAAGCACUCUCGACACCACAAGAGCCACCAUUCCCACACGAUGAGCAACAGCCUCUUUGGCAUGAUUUCUGGCCCUCCACCCAAGACCAAGUCGAGCAAGCACAAGUCGUCUUCCAAGAAGCACUCCUCCCACAGGCAUGAGAAGAAGGAGCCCAAGCUCAUCGAGUUCCGACCUGGUUCCAAGGACGGCAAACACGAGAACCUCGACGGGCAGAUGAUUGUCUUUAAGCCCCGUGCCGAUGUCUUCCUCAGCUUCGUCAACAAGGGACCUGAGAGUGAGCGCGGCUGCAGCAUGAACAAGGCCUUGAAGCGAUUCCACCGGGAGCGCCAAGCCGCCGGCUCUAGCUCCCCCAAGGGCAAGGAAGAGAAGGAACUGUGGCGAUCUCUGCGACUUCGACGCAACGACCGAGGCGAAAUUGUUCUUUUUUGUGAAGAAUAAACAAAAGAAGAAAUCAAACGAAAAAAAAAACAUAACAUGAAAAAAAUGGAAAACAAAAAUUCGACGGCCUCGUCCAAAGGACGGGUCCUGCUCAGUGUUACUUGGAUACAAGGAGUUUUUGCUGGAUCAUCUUGCUUUCUUUUGACAGCGUUUUUAUAUGUUUUGGCCGGAACGGAACUGUACUACUAUGUCUUCUAUCUGUCAUACUAUUCUAAAGGGUCAUGGAUAGACGGGCACACUUGGUCUUCCCCCCCUGUAACAACAUCAACAUCGACGACAACAUUUCCAGGAAUUCUGUGGCAAAAGGCGCGCCCCUACGGAGCAAACAUUUGGGGUUUGCGA